CGCGGCUACACCAGCCAAAAUGGCCGCUGGAAGCGAAAACGUGACAGGCGAUACACAAACUUCGACUAAUCAAUCUUCUUCUGAAAUUUCUAAAGACAAUACACUAACUUUAGAAGCACUGCAACUUAUUAAAGAUGCACAGCAACAACAUGGUCUUAGGCAUGGAGAUUAUCAAAGAUAUAGAGGCUACUGUUCGAGGAGAAUUAAGAGGAUUAGGAAGUCACUACACUUCCCACAAGGCAAUAGGAACAGAGUUACACCCAAAAAAAUAUUAGCAGAAAUGCUUACUGAUGCUAGGUACCUUCAGUUACCUUUGUUUUGUGCUGAGAGAUGCUGGGCUUAUGCUAUGCAGUUAAAAUCAGAAGCUAAUACUGAGCCUCGUAAACGCUUUCAUAUGGAUUCCAAACUUAAGAAAGCUGUUGUGUAUUCUGAGGAGUUAGAAGCUCUAGGAAAUAGUUCCAAAUGUGAUGCCAGGACUAAACUGGAAUGCCAGGCCUACAAUGCAUGGAUCAAAGGUAGCUUAGAAUUUGAAGGAGAAAAAUGGGAGAGUGCAAUGACUUAUUACUCUACAGCAAAAACCAUUUAUGAAAAAUUAGCCAAUGCAUUCUCAGAAGAAAUUCAGUUGAUUUAUCAACAGCGAGUUGAUGAAAUAUCCCCUAAUCUCCGCUAUUGUGCAUAUAACAUUGGAGAUGAGUCAGCAUUGCAAGACUUGCAAAAGAUGAGAAUAGCUGCUGGCGGAGACCAGUUGUCUUUUAAAUUAGAUGAUUUGUUGUCACAAACCAGAGAGAAACAAGCAGCUACACUGUCAGAGGUCACAUGGCGUGGCAGGACUGUCCCUGUGAAAGUUGAAGCAGUCAGGCUGUUCCUGCUCAACAUGCAGGACCUGAACUCUGAACUUGAAGCAGCAGAGAGUCUGGAUAGUCGAGUUUCUAUAUACGAAAGCAUUUUGAAGCAGUGCAUUGAUGCCCAGCAGGCUCUUAGAGACACUUUACAAGAAGAUCAGGUAUUUAAGGCAGCUGUGCGUGGACAGCCCAUUGAAGGCAAAGUAUCAAACCAACACUAUCUACAUUCAUAUCUCAUGAAUAUCCGCUUAACUACCACAAUAGAUAGAAAUUUGAUUAUGGUGGAAAAUAUGAAGCAGAAUCUGCCAGAAAACAAUCCAGAAGAAGGGCGUAAAAUAACUAAGCCACAGGAUUUAGUUCGCUUGUAUGACAUUAUUAUUCAGAAUUUAAAUGAAAUACCCAAUCUACAUGGUAUUCAAGAUGAUCCUACCAUACGUUCAGAAAUUGAGACAGCUGUUUUAGGAUAUAAAGCUUUUAGAUCAUAUUACAUAGCUCGGUCUUAUGCCAGUGCUAAGAAAUGGAAAGAAACUGUUGCUUUGUAUCAAAGAGCUUUAGACAACUGCAAAAAAGCACUUGAGGGAUUUAAAAACCAACCUCAGACACCUAAAUUAAAGUCAGAUAUUGUUGAGUUACAAGAACUUCAGCAACAGAUAAGUGGCCAAAUGUAUUCUUGUCAAGCCUACAGUAUUCUGGAUUCUAGCUCCGCUGGAGAACAAUCAUUUUCUACUCCAGUUAAUGACAAGAGGCUUCUUGAGGACAGGUUAGAUGAAUUUAUAACUGAGAAAUCAUUGACAUCUAAGAAAGCAAUCCUGACCCGCUUCCCACCUGAUUUUGAACCUAUUCCUUGCCGACCACUUUUCUUUGAUCUUGCACUCAACCAUAUAGAGUUUCCCUCCUUAGAAGACAAGCUGGAGCAGCAGAAGAAAACAGCAGGUGGAGGCUUGACCGGCAUGGUCAAGGGUUGGCUCGGGGGUUGGGGGGGUAAAAAGUAGAGACUGUCAGAUUGAUUUUAAACUUUUCUUUAAAAUGUUUGUUUAUAUUUAUGAUUGUCACGUUCCUUUGUUGGUCCCAUACAGUACUUGGGCGCAGUUUAAAAUACAUUUUUUAUGCCUUUUAAUGGUUACAAGGAUUUAAGUAUUUAAAAUAUGAACAAUUUUUAGUAUGUAUGUAAUGAAGGACUUCCAGCCAGUUAAGUCAAUACUGUAUUCUUUUUUUUUUAAAGUAAAAAUUGUAAAUAUUAUAUUUAUUAGAAUUAGAUACAAUCAUUUUUUCCCAUUAUGGCUGAUUGGAGUGUUUUUAGUGCAGAAAUGUGCAAGUGUUAGGACUGUUGGUACAUGAAGAAGCUAGUCCAUUUAAUUAUAAACUUGUGAAGGCUUUACCCAUUAAUUUUGUGAUAGAGAAUGGUUCAAUGGCUGUGUAUAAUUGUCUGGGGAGAGGUUGGUUCUGAUCACUGAUUACAUCAAACUCACUCUAUAAUAUUUAUAGAAAUGAUUUGUUAGAGGCUCUAGUUAGUUUUGCAAGUUCUCACUCAUGUGCUUGUGUUGAAAGAAAUUAGUUAUGUAACAGGAAUUAAAUAGUUUUUACCAUGUUUGUUAGCAUCUCAUGACAUUUAAUUCUUAAGUGUUUAUCAGUUUUGAAAAAAAUAGCAAGAUAAUUAAUGUCAGUGUUAGGUUUUCAAAUGUUAAAAUUUUUCCUUAUUCUAAAAAUCUAUUGAUAUUUGAGGUUGUUUUAUUUUUUAUGUUUUUGCACCUUUAAGAAAAAUUUUGACUAAGAGUGUCUCAUGGUUCUAUAAUGAUGUCAGCAAGUGUGGUUGUAUUCUGUCACCUUCUUCUUAGUUCUCAUUUUUUAUCUCAAAGGCUACUCUGUUAGCGCCUCAACACCUACUCUACAUUUUUAUGUAUGAUACAAUAGUAAGUUUUUAAAGUUCUAGCCCUUGACAGAAUUUUAAAGCCGUGUUGUCAUUUGUUGGGAAUGUUCAUAAGUCUUGGAUCAACACCUGUCUGAACAAUUUUAUAAUAGGUUCAACCUGUUUGUUGAAAACAUUUAUGGAAAAAAAUUGGUUCAUCUAGUAAAGUAUAUGAAAUUAAUGAACGGAUCAUCACUCUGUUCCUUGUUGGGCUAUGGUUAUGUACAUAUUUAUUUCAUUUGUUCUUUACCUGAAUCACUUCUGUGUACAGGUAAUUAAUUGUUUCCUUGCUGUACUUCAUGUAUUUUUUUUAAAUGCUUUCAAAUUCAUGUCAUUCAUUCUGGUUUUCUUUUUUAAAAUCAAAAAUUUAAGAACGUGCUUGGAAACAACCAGAGAUAGUACUGAAAUCACUGUACAUCUUUUAAGCUCUGAUUUAUUGAAUUUAAUAUAACUAAUACAUUGCAGAUAAUUUUAGGCAUAAUUAGAAUAUGGACUUACUAUUUAAGCUAGUGUCCCCAGGAACAUAGUCUUAGCAGUUUAGAAUUAUCUGGAGCUAAAUAGUAUUUUUUUUCCUGGUUUAUUCAAGGGAAGCUACUCAGUGCCACUUGCUAUGGAAUAUUUACUUCCAUUUGAAAUGUUAAUAUUAUAAGUUAUUUAUUUAAAAUCAGUUGCCAAUCAACAAAUUUUGUCAAGUGGUGGCAGGGCUAUAUUAAACAAGGGCUCAUCUAAACCUGAAUUCUAUGUUAUAAAAAAUGUGUACUUGUAAUUGAAUGAAUUGGACUGAUUUGAUAAAAAUGUCAGCUAGAAACAAGUGCCCUGACAACUUGAGCCACUGGAUAGACCAAAACUAAGUAGAUCAAGUGUAUGCAUGAUUGUGAUCAGCAGUGGAGUGCUCAAAACCCAGUGGUGGCUGGGCCUGUUCACCUGGUUUACCCAUGGCAACCUUUUAUCUGGAUGUAAGAACUUGUUUUAUUAUGAUGACAAUUAAGUUUACUCAACUAUUAAAGUUAUAGGAUGUAAGAACUUGUUGUUUUAUUCUGAUGACUAUUAUUUCAUCAAAGUUUACUCAACUAUUAAAGUAAUAGGAUUGAAGGAA